CCUGCCACGAGUCUUGGAAUGGGGCCUUUUGUGCAAAUGGGGUCUUUGCAGGUGUGAUGAAGGGAAGGAUGUGAGAGGAGCUCAUCCUGGAUCGGGCCAGUCCUGAAUGCAGAGUCAGGGGUCCUCGUAAGACACUGAGGAGGAGACGUAGACACCGAGAAGCUAACCCUAACCCGGCCUCCCCAACAUGCUGGAGGACAGCUGUGGCCCUGUGUGUACUUCCUGGUGACCCGAGUCACUGGUGUCUCCCCUCCCCCUGCCGGGGGGGCUGUUUUCCUGGUGGGGGCAUGUUUUCUGUGGAUCCUAAGUGCUCUGCAUGUAGUCGAGAUGGGGUUUGGGGGUAGGUGUCCUGGGGAUCAGCAGGGAGUCAUUCCGGGAGGUGAGAAGGGACCAAGGGCCCAGAGGUGUGCCCGUCCUAGGGUUCCAUCCCCUGGGCGCCCCUCAGAACAUGUGGCCUCCGCGGAAGGUGUGGGCCGAAUAGCUCCCUUAGAGGGCAGAUGUGGGGGGGCCACAGCUGUGAGGGGCAGGGGACGGCCCAGUGCUGCUGGGGAGGAGCUGCUAGACCCAAAGGCACCACCAGUCUGGGUGGCUGUGGGAGUGUGCCCUGGGCUCCUUUAACGAAGGACCACAACCUGGGUGGUUCCUUAUCACACACGGCUGUGACCUCACAGCUCUGGGGCCCAGAACUGGGCACGUUCUGACCUCUGAGUGCCUGUGGGGCCAGCUCCUUCUGGAGGCUCUAGGGAAACUCUGUUUCUCUGCUGUGCCCGGCUUCACGGGGCCCCUUCCUCUACCUCGAAGCCCGCAACGUCCCUUCUGCUACCGUCCUCUGACUCUGACCACAUCUCCCUGUUAUGAGGUCCCUCAAGGCAAGAUCGGGCCACCGGGUUAUCCAAGAAGAUCUCCCGCUCGACACUCGAAACUGGUCUGCAAAUUGCCUUCUGCCGUGUGGGAUGACACGUCCCCCUCCAGGGGCUUUGGGGGGAACCUCUUGGAGGAUCACGUUGUGCCCACCAUGUGGGCAUUUGGACAAACGCGUCUUGGGGAUGUGUUUGGGAUGUUAGUUAGCCCAGCUUGGGGACAUCCCACCGUUUCUGGUCCUGUGUUCCUCGUAACUUUUUCACUGGGGAUCGUGUCCACGUGUCCCAACAGAACUCUGUGCUUUCAUCGUGCACGAAAACCGGCCAACAUCCAGGGAUACCGUGGACGGGACACAGGACACGGGAAUCUGGCCUGAUUUGCGCUGUUAGCCGCGUGCCGGCUAGACCCGCUCAUCCCCUGAUCGGGACGCCUCCUUACAGAAACUGGAGCUGGUCUGAUCGCGUCCCUCUCUGAAUACGGGACUGUGAUCCGUUGUCGAGUGGGUCCCCAACAGCACGUUGUGCUGGGUUUAUUUCUUUCCAGACCUCGUUCCUAUAUAACACACGUCCAUUAGCACCUCGUAGAAAAAGUCCCCCUUUCUUACUCUGCUUUACAGAGGUUUCUGGGAAACCUUAAACUCUUUUUGGUGUGGACGCCUCCGGGAACCAGGAGUACAUCCCGGGCUCUGUGGGGAGACGGCCCGCUUUGCACAGGGCUGUCCCCACGGUGAUGACUGGGGUCCCCCACCAGGGAGGUGCCUGGGGUCCCGGUGCUCGUCCUCUGCGUCCGUUUCCGCUCCUCUGUCUCGUAUAAGGACCCCCGCCCCUGGAUUGAGGCCCCUUGGCUCUGGAUGACCCUCCGCGCACUCUGCAGCCGUCCGGUGGGCGUGCAUCUUGGGCGACAACCGGUCACGCCUGACGCUGUGCGUUCCCCACGUGCCCUCGGAGCACACAGCCCAGGAGGCCGCGCGUGCGAUGUCCCCUGCUGUCUCCUUGCAGGAAGCCACGACACCAUGACCUACUGCCUGAACAAGACGUCGCCCAUCUCCCAGACCCAGUCCCAGCUGCUGCAGCUCCUGGGCAAGGUCCUGCCCUGCGUCACCCGCCCCGUGGUGCUCCGGUGGUCCACCACCCAGGUGCUGGGUGUCACGGAGCAGCUAGAUGCGGGUGUGCGGUACCUGGACCUGCGGAUCGCACACAUGCAUGACGGCUCUGAGAAGAACCUGCACUUUGUGCACAUGGUGUACACGACGGCGCUGGUGGAGGACACGCUCACGGAGAUCUCUGAGUGGCUGGAGAGCCACCCCCGGGAGGUGGUCAUCCUGGCCUGCAGAGACUUCGAGGGCAUGACGGACGGCCUGCAUGAGUACCUGGUCACCUGCAUCAGGAACAUCUUUGGGGACAUGCUGUGUCCGCGAGGGGUGAGGAGGGCCCCUGGGGCCGGGGGGUGGGCCGGGAUUGGGAGG